GAUACUUCGGCUGUUUGGUAUUCUCCUCCUGCCAUUAUCAUCUUGAUUUCUCUUCCUCGCCCCCUCGUAGAGCGGCGCACGGCCCGGCGAUCGUCUUCGCCGCCUGUCGCCUCCGGCUCCCUUUCCACCACCACGCAGCUUGUCUCUGCAUACAAGAGGUUGCCUCCAUCUCUUCUCUACUAGUGCCCUCUCCUAAACUUGAGAUCUGGUUGUGGAGUGAACUGACAAGAUGGUGAAGAUCUGCUGCAUUGGAGCUGGCUAUGUUGGUGGCCCUACAAUGGCUGUCAUUGCCCUCAAGUGCCCAGCAAUUGAGGUUGUUGUCGUUGACAUCUCCAAGCCUCGCAUUGAAGCUUGGAACAGCGAUCAGCUCCCAAUCUAUGAGCCUGGUCUUGAUGAUGUUGUGAAGCAGUGCAGGGGCAGGAACCUUUUCUUUAGCACUGAUGUUGAGAAGCAUGUUGCUGAGGCAAACAUCAUCUUUGUCUCUGUUAACACUCCUACCAAGACCCGUGGGCUUGGAGCAGGCAAGGCUGCCGAUCUCACCUACUGGGAGAGUGCUGCUCGUAUGAUUGCUGAUGUCUCCAAGUCAGACAAGAUCGUUGUUGAGAAGUCCACUGUCCCUGUAAAGACAGCAGAAGCUAUUGAAAAGAUUUUGACUCACAAUAGCAAGGGCAUCAACUACCAGAUUCUCUCAAACCCAGAGUUCCUUGCGGAGGGCACAGCGAUUGAGGACCUGUUCAAGCCUGACAGAGUUCUCAUUGGUGGCCGGGAGACCCCUGAGGGCAGGAAGGCUGUUCAGGCUCUCAAGGAUGUGUAUGCCCACUGGGUUCCUGAGGAUAGGAUCCUCACCACCAACCUGUGGUCUGCUGAGCUCUCCAAGCUUGCCGCAAAUGCAUUCUUGGCACAGAGGAUCUCCUCUGUGAAUGCCAUCUCUGCACUCUGCGAGGCCACUGGUGCCAAUGUAUCUGAGGUGGCUUAUGCCGUUGGGAAGGACUCGAGGAUUGGCCCCAAGUUCCUGAAUGCCAGUGUUGGCUUUGGUGGGUCUUGCUUCCAGAAGGACAUCCUGAACUUGGUGUACAUCUGCGAGUGCAACGGCCUCCCCGAGGUGGCCAACUACUGGAAGCAGGUCAUCAAGAUCAACGACUACCAGAAGAGCCGGUUUGUCAACCGUGUUGUUUCCUCAAUGUUCAACACUGUCGCUGGCAAGAAGAUUGCCGUUCUUGGUUUUGCCUUCAAGAAGGACACUGGUGACACCAGGGAGACCCCGGCCAUUGAUGUGUGCAAGGGUCUGCUGGGUGACAAGGCUCAGAUCAGCAUUUAUGAUCCCCAAGUAACUGAAGAUCAGAUCCAGCGGGACCUCGCCAUGAACAAGUUUGACUGGGACCACCCGAUGCACCUGCAGCCUACAAGCCCCAGUGCAGUGAAGCAGGUGAGCAUGGUCUGGGACGCAUAUGAGGCCACCAAGGACGCCCAUGGCCUCUGCAUCCUCACCGAGUGGGACGAGUUCAAGACCUUGGACUACCAGAAGAUCUUCGACAACAUGCAGAAGCCAGCCUUUGUCUUCGAUGGGCGCAACAUCGUUGACAGUGAGAAGCUCAGGGAGAUUGGCUUUAUCGUCUACUCUAUUGGCAAGCCACUUGAUGCCUGGCUGAAGGACAUGCCUGCAGUUGCUUAAUCAUAUUUCCAUCAAAAGGGCACCCACUGGAACCGCAGGAAAUCUAUGAGCAGCAGGAAUUUGUUGGCCAUUCAUUAGUUUGCUUUUGCUGGAGGCACUACAAUUUUCUCAGGCAUAAAAUCGGAUCUUAGUAUCUCUGUUUAAGUUUCAAUGUUCGCAGCAGCUGUAGCCCAGUGGUCUGAUGUAUUCAUGUUCGUCGUUCUUUGUUUAUUCGUUUACCUUUUGGCUCCUACUGUUAAAUCUAUAUCCAAAUAUAAGCUAGUUUUAUGUUAACUGUAUUUUUCUUUUGAAACUUUGUUAACUGUAUUUUGCAAACAUACCGUUACUCUUAGUUAUUCUUCUUUCUUA